GCCAAGUUACAGGUACUCACCGAACACUAACAAUAUCAGUCACACAGCAGAUUCCUCAACAUGAGCUCCAAAGUAUUCAUUAUCACUGGUGCCAGUAAGGGCAUUGGCGCUGCCAUUACCCGUUACCUGCUUAACCAAUCCCACAAGGUCGUUAUUACGGCUCGAUCAUCUGAACCAUUGGAGGGGUUGAAGAAAUCGCAUCCUGAACAGGUCCAAUUCAUUGCUGGAGAUAUUGUCGAACCUCAGGUGUGUGACACAAUCAAAAACUUUUGUGAGUUACGAGACUGAUAUAGGCUGUCUAGCUGCCUUCAAAGCUGGUUGACCUUGCUGUAUCCUCGUUCGGCAAGGUUGAUGGUCUGGUUAUCAAUCAUGGCAUGUUGGCGCCCAAGAAGUUUGCAGACACCACACUUGAAGAGUGGAGGAAGAUUUAUGACAUCAACGUCUUCAGCGGUAUUGCCUUGGCGCAAGCUGCGAUCGCAGAGUUACGCAAGUCCAAAGGCUGCAUUGUCUGGGUGUCGUCAGGAGCAGCAGCUAAGCAGUAUGCUGCCUGGUCAAGUUACGGUUCAUCAAAGGCUGUCUACAAUUCUGUCUCGGCUCACAUUGCGCUCGAAGAGCCUGACAUCACAAGUGUCGCCAUUGCACCAGGUCGAGUUGACACUGAGAUGCAAGGCGUGCUGAGAUCGGAAGGCCAAUCGUCCAUGAACAAGGCGCAAUACGAUUCCUUCGUUGAAGCCAAAGAAAAGGGCAUCUUGCUCAAGCCCGAACAGCCAGGAAAUGUUAUGGCCAAGUUUGUCGCAGACCCGCUCAAAGAGCUGAGCGGCAAAUUCUUCUCGUACGUCUUACACAACAUACUACGACAUAAAAGACUAACGACUGUGCAGAUGGAACUCACCAGAGGUCGAGGCAUACCAAGAAUAGGAUCAAGCUUAGGGAUGUUGGAAACAAGAACCUGGAUAUCUCAAGCAAUGUUAGCUUUAUGUCUUUGCAGAUGGUGUAAAUAGAUAAAAGAUAGAAAGACAAAUGCAAGUCAGUCGAAAGAUGAAAA